AAAACCCUAGUAAAAUCACACUUCCAAGUUCCACUUCAACCCCAAGUCCGGAAGUCCCCAACAACUCAAAAAUGGCGGUAGGGCUUAGAAUCUUCGCAGAAAGAACCGGCGACGGCGCAGGCCAACCAAUUCUCGACGCCGACAAUGGCGAAGUGCUUAUGCACACUCUACCUUCCGUUUCCAUUGUCCUCGGAAAUCGAGCCCCCGAAUCACCCGGCACUCUCUACAUUUCCUCCAAAAAAGUGAUUUGGCUGAGCGAUGUAGAUAGGAGUAGAGGUUAUGCCGUGGAUUUCGUGUCGAUUUCGCUUCACGCUGUUUCCAGAGAUAUUGAAGCUUAUCCUUCACCUUGCAUUUACACUCAGAUUGAAACUGGAGAUGAUGAAGGUGACAAUGAAGAUGAAGAAGACGAAGAGCAACAACAAACCGUUGAUUGGUCUUAUGGAAUAUCAGAGGUUAAAGAAAUGAGGCUUGUUCCAUCUGAUUCUAGUCAAUUGGAAACUUUGUUUGAGGUCUUCUGUGAAUGCGCAGAGCUGAAUCCUGAACCUAGGCAAGACGAAGAUACAGAGGAGCACAAUUGGAUUUUCAGUGCUGACCAGUUGAAUUCUGAGAAUGCUUCUAACUGGACCUUCUCUGAGGAUUUAGUCAAUUCAAUAGGUCAUUCAAAUGGCCAUCAUGACUUGGCACAUAAUGUACUUCAGCUGCACAUCAAUGACCAGUGCUUUGAGGAUGCGGAAGAAAUGGAUCAAGAACAUGAUAGAGACAAUAACCGCCAGUAAUCUACUUCAGAUGCAAAUGUUUCAUCAAUAUCUUAAUGAUCCCUAAUUUGAUUCUGAGCUUUCAAUACCUUCUUUGAGUGUGGUGAGUUGGUUAAUUUGUGGCUGUAUUGUCUGUAUAGUGUUGAAUCUUCUGAAAAUGAAGGGGAACAUGUUUAAUUGACUUUCAAUCAUUUUAGUUGGUAGGAACUUUUGUUUAUAACCUGAAGGUUUAAGCUUUUUAUUCUUAUCAUGUGAAGUGUUCGCAUUUGAAUGUUUUGUGCAAACACUGCUGAUUUAGGGGGUAUGAAGAACUAGUCCAGUUUGCUACAGAAAUAUGUAAAAUAUGCUUUAAAUACCUUGGGAAUUUCUUCCUCCUGGCAAGAGGGCUGUAACUUGAGAAAUUUAUGUAUCAAAGAAGUACAUUUCUCUGUCACCAUUAGGUUGUAAGAUUACUAUACCCUUGUUUGAUAGAGUUUAUUCGUGUCUCUAUUUGCAUUA